UAUAAAUACGUGUUGAUUUUCAUAAUAAAACGAUCUGUUGCCUGGCCCUUGUCUUCUGUUGUUACAUUUGGUGUCGCUGCCUACCGACAAAUGAAAAGCCUAUACCCUGCAGUUUUUGAUGGAGACAUAUGGAUCUUCGGGCAGGACUUCAAGGCUUCUGCGCAGUUGAGUGGCGUUCAAGAUCUGUCAGCGAUGGAGCUGCUACUUGGGACGCUGCUGGGAGGUCGGGUGAAAGCAGCAUAUGAAAGUGUGAGCCGAAGUAUGGACGAAUGUUCGACAGGGUCAGGCAAACAGUUUCCAAAGUGGGAAGGACCAUAUAUGGUCACUUCGAGAUGGGGUUACGCAGACACAGUCGCAAUGGCGAACAAUGAGAGGCGCGUGAACGUCAGCGAGCUCCAGAAAUGGAUACAGCGAGACAAGCCAACGAUGACGCCUGCACCAAGUAGAUCAAGCCGACUUCAGUCGCACGUAUUUGACGGGGGGACGAGUGUGGUGAGAGCAGGCUGCUAGCCGAUUGGUUGGCACUAAUCUACGUUAAGGUCUAGGUCACUAAUAUGGGCCGUGAGAAAAUAUGAACAAGCCUGAGUCAACAACCAAUCACAGCAAAGUUAACGUGGCAAAAUGUGAUUCGCAGAGAGAACUCUAUUUGUCAAGGAAUCCCGAAACAACCAAUCAGAAGCCUGCGUUUGUCUACCUAAACAACCAAUCAGAUGACUGCGCUUGUCUAUAAUAAUGUAGUUGAAAGAUGUAUAAAUACGUGUUGAUUUUCAUAAUAAAACGAUCUGUUGCCUGGCCCUUGUCUUCUGUUGUUACA